UUGGCUUCUCAUUAGGGGGCAAAACAUAAACAAACCGCCAUCGAAAAUAUACAAAUUUGAUACAGUGAUUACUCAUUGUAAUUCUUUGAUUGUGUCGUCUGCUGGUUUUAGGAAUCUUUAAACAGCUUUCAAACAGCAUAUUACGGUGAAUAACGAAUAUUCUGGCCUCAUUCAGCGUUUGUAGGAGGCAGAAAAAAUAGGCGCAUCUGGAGGACUGAGAUUUUAGGGUAAUUUCUUUAAUAAAAUUAUGAAUGAAACUUGAAAAGAAAUGAAGUGCUGUUAUAUUAAACAGUUCUGUCAAUUCAUUGUCUUUAAUAAUAAAGCGAAAAACAUUACGAUACAAUUCAUUUGCAGUGCAGUGCUUCGUGGAGAAAAUGGCCGAGUGGAAGCAAAGUGAACCUUGCAACGAGCCUUGUGAUGAAAAUAUCGGGAUUCAAUCUAUAACACCGCAUUCUAGUAAAGUGGUUUGUAUAGUUCCUGGAUGUCGUACACGGAAUGGCCAAGGAUAUUCAUUCCACAACUUUCCCCCGAAGGCGGAUAGAAAACGGUAUAAGGUUUGGUUGACAAAAUUGCGACUGAAUUAUGAGCCAUCUCCGUCGUCGAAAGCUUGCAGCUUACAUUUUAGCAUUACAAACUUUGUUGUUCCUACUGCGAGAAGGCUUACUGAACGGAUGAUUUUAAAAAGAACAGCCAUACCAGACAUCAACUUACCUAAACCAAUUUGUAACACAGUGAGAGAAAUAGCAGCUAAAAAUCGCGCAGAACGAGCAGCCAGGCGGAAUGAAUUUAAACCAGAUCUGAAUCAUUAUAUGGAGGACAGCCAAAUGUCGAUCUGUGAUGAUACUGAGGACGCAAUAGACAUUAUUACAGCACCGGACUUUGAGCAAGCAGCUGUUAUUACAUCACCGGACUUUGUGGAAGCAGCUGUUCAGGUGGACACGCUUGAUUUGGAUAAACUUUUUACCGGUCGUCGUAGAACUAUGUCUGUCCACUUUCAAACCGAUUCGGAGUUGAACUCCUGGACAGGGUUAGCUUCCCUCAAAAUGUUGGAUACCAUCGUUGAGGGCUUAUGUUCGUUGGCCGCGUAUAAGAAGCGAUCGCACUCUACCGUUCCUGUAGAAGAGGAAGUGCUUGUAGUGUUUGUGAAAAUGAAAACGAAUAUAUCGUUCUCUUGCAUGAGUGCUCUGUUUAACUUACAUUACCAGACUAUUUCUCAGGUGUUUUACCGGACAGUUCCAUUGUUGAAGAUGAUGUGCACUCCAUUAGUACCAUGGCCAACACAAGAAGAAGUUAAUCGCAAUAUGCCACACUAUUUCCGACCAUAUUAUACUGACGUUAUCGCUGUACUCGAUUGCACUGAAAUGCCAAUUAAAAAACCAAAAUGUCUCCACUGCAGGAUCAACGCAUAUUCGCAUUAUAAAGGACGUGAGACUGCGAAGUACUUGAUUGCAGUUACUCCAGGAGGAACAAUAUGCUAUAUAAGUCAUGGAUAUGGCGGGAAGGCUUCGGAUAAGCAAAUAGUUACUGCGGAAAAAUUGCUCGAAAAAUUUAAAAUUGGUGAAGCAGUGAUGACCGAUAAAGGUUUCAGCAUAGAUACUGAAUGUAAAGCCCUCGGAGUGAAGCUUGUGCGACCACCAUUUCUAACGGCUCCUCGAUAUCAGCUGAGUACAAUGGAUGCUCGUGUAAAUGUUUCUAUAGCCGCGUCAAGAGUACAUGUGGAACGAGCUAUACAACGCAUAAAAAUUUUCGAAAUAUUCAACAACAAAAUCGAUACACGUUUUCUUCCUAUAUUGGAUGAUUUAAUAUACAUUGCCUGUGGAAUUGUCAAUAUUUCGAAGCCAAUUCUGUCAAACGAACGAUUUUAG